AUGGCUCCACAACUCGCAUGGAUUGGUCUUGGUAACAUGGGAAGGGGAAUGUGCAAGAACCUCGUUGAAAAGGGCAACCUAGACAAGCCCCUCAUCCUCUACAAUCGCACCCUAUCUCGCUCAGAUGAUCUCUCCGCCAAACUCGGAUCCUCCAAGACAAAGGUUGCAUCGACCAUCCAAGAUGCAGUCAAAGACGCCGACAUAAUCUUCAUGUGUCUUAGCGACGACGCCACCGUUUCCUCCACGGUGGACACAAUCCUCGAAUCCAACAUCGCAGGCAAACUAAUCGUAGACUGCUCCACCAUCCACCCGGACACCACCAACGCCCUCGACAACAAGAUAACAAAGAACAACGCCUCCUUUGUCGCCAUGCCUGUCUUCGGUGCCCCCGCAAUGGCAGAUUCCGGCUCUCUCGUCUGUGUGCUCGCUGGCCCCGCGCCCUCAAUCCAAAAGAUCCUCCCCUACACAACCAACGUCAUGGGCCGCGCAAACAUCGACUUCUCCUCCCAACCCCCAGGAAACGCAACACUCCUCAAAGUGAUUGGAAACACCUUCAUCCUCAAUCUCAUCUCCCAGCUCUCCGAGGGCCACGUUCUAGCGGAGAAAUCGGGCCUUGGGACCGACAACCUGCAUGCUUUCAUCUCGGCCAUGUUUCCCGGGCCGUAUACCGCGUAUUCGCAGCGCAUGAUCGAAGGCGAUUAUUACAAGAGGGAGGAGCCGCUCUUUGCUGUGGAUUUGGCAAGGAAGGAUGCGAGGCAUGCUGCUAGUCUUGCAGAGAGUAGUGGGGCGGGAGAGGCCGUCAAGAUGUUGAAACUGGCACAGGGGCGGUUGGAUGGCGUAAAGAGUGAAUUGGGGGAGCGGGGGGAUAUUCCAAGUGUGUAUGGCGUCGUGAGGAAGGAGGCUGGAUUGGAGUUUAAAAAUAAGGGAGAUUAG